GCCAGUUUGGAAGAAAGCUCAUUCGUGUAGGAAAAAGGGGAAACAAAAUGAGGCCUUUCAACUGGACAUCAACGGUAGAAGCUCAAGCCAGUUUUAUCAGAGCCAUGGAUCACAUGGAUAGUGCUUUAGUCCAUCAAAUCGGCUGGAAUGUCGAUCCACAGGAUCUCAUUCACAUCCCGGAACACUGGCAAUUAUAUCCCGCUCCGGAUAAAUCAUUACAUUUCCUUCUCGGAAUGAUAUACGUAUUUCUGUGGUUCGCUGCGAUAAUCGGCAAUAGUCUAGUAUUGUGGAUAUUUUGCACGGCGAAGUCACUAAGAACAGCAUCUAACAUGUUCGUUGUGAAUUUAGCAUUCAGCGACUUUCUAAUGUUCACCAGCAUUCCUAUUUUUAUUUACAAUUCGUUCAGCGGCGGAUUUGCUGCCGGGUGGCUGUCGUGCCAGAUUUACGCUUUGUUGGGUUCACUCUCUGGGAUUUCGCAAGGCAUGACCAAUGCCUGCAUCGCAUACGACAGAUAUACAACGAUAACUAAACCAUUUGAUGGUAAAAUUACCAGAACGAAGGCUUUCUUAAUGUUACUAUUCGUGUGGCUGUAUACUUUGCCUUGGGCAUUUCUACCAAUGUUCGAAAUUUGGGGAAGGUACAUGCCAGAAGGUUAUUUAACCGCCUGCUCUUUCGAUUACCUGACACUAACCUUCGAUAACAAAUUAUUCGUUGGAUCCAUAUUUGUGUGCUCCUACGUGUUUCCCAUGAUGGCUAUCAUUUACUAUUAUAGCCAGAUUGUGUCCAAAGUGUUCGCUCACGAAAAAGCUCUGCGUGAACAGGCGAAGAAAAUGAACGUGGAGUCGUUGCGCGCGAAUCAACAACAAAAAAACGAAUCUACCGAGCUGAAGAUAGCGAAAGCUGCCAUAACGGUGUGCUUUCUCUUCGUCGCCGCUUGGACUCCUUACGCCACGUUGUCGCUGAUCGGAGCUUUCGGGGAUCAAUCGCUUUUAUCACCCGGGGUUUCCAUGAUACCCGCUUUGGCUUGCAAACUCGUGGCCUGCUUCGAUCCCUACGUGUACGCCAUCAGCCAUCCGAAAUACAGAAUUGAGCUGCAGAAGAGGUUGCCCUGGCUGUCCAUAAGAGAAGAUACUGACACACAAUCGACUACAGUUACCGAAGCUUCUGCACCUUCUUCUGCGGCGUAAUUGGAAAUUGAUUUUUUUUUAAUUUGUGUUACUUUUUAUACUGGACUGUAUAUUCGAUGACGACUCGGCUACGUUCUAGGUAAUGAGAUUUAAAAGCAUCUAGAUAAAAAUUUCAUGUACAUAAUACUAAGUUUUAUUUUUUUUCUCCUAUAGUAGGGAACUUUGGAUACUUACUCUAGUUUCGAGCAAUGAAAACAAUUUUGAUAAAAAAAUUCGAAUGUUAAAUUAUUUCUUUUCUUGUAACCAUUAUAUUUGUGACAUCUCUCAUCAUGUAAAGAAUAAAAUAAAAUAUUCAGC